CCCUCACUGGCAUACAGAUACAGAGUCCUGCAUGGACAGAUUUAAAGUUUGGGGGUUUUAAUCACAUGACUGGGCAAAUCAACCAAUGGCAGAGCUGAGCUCAGAUUUCAGCCUGGAAGGAGGGGGGGGAGGGAGGAAGAGAACGAGACAGGCAGUAAUCUGUGCUCAUGGCUUGAACAUAGUCCACCGGUGUCCUGACAGAACUUUGACUCUUCUCUGGAUUGUCGGUGUUGUGCUUCCGGAUUAUUUUGAUGGCGUAUGUUAUGACAAGAAGGAUUUCCACCACUGGGAAGAAUCCAGAACUGUGUCCUGGCACAGAGUGAGGAGAAGAGAGGAGGAGGAGGAGGAGGAGGAGGAGGAGGAAAGUUAGAAGCAGUUUUUCCAACCUCAUCUUUGUCUCUGCAGUUUUCUUCUGUGGGAGAAUGGGGGCAGGAGCUCUUACCAUCUGUCACAACAAGACGGCUGUGCUGGUGAAAGAAGACAUGAAGAAGAUGGUCCAGAUCCCCAUGCUGAGAACCAGGACUGUGGCAGCAAAGCACACCAAGCUGUUUGGCGCCUCCCUGUUCGAGCUGCGAGACAAGGGCCUGGUGAAGGAUGGUGCGCCUCUGGUGGUGCGGAGGAUGGUGGAGCAUCUUCGCAGACAUGCCCUGCAUCAGGAGGGCCUGUUCAGAGUCAGUGGGAACGUCCGCGCCGUGGAGACCCUGAAACAGCGGCUGGACGUUGGCGAGGAAGUGGACCUUCUCUCUGAAUGUGAUGCAUGUACGGUGGCCAGUUUGCUCAAACAGUAUCUCAGGGAACUACCAGAGGGUCUCAUAGACUCGACAGUCCAACAGGCGCUGAUACAGCACUACCAAGAGAGCGGCGAUGACGGUUCAUGGUCAGAAACCAGAGAGCUUCUCCAGCAGCUUCCAGAUGUCCACCUCAGUCUCCUUCGCUACCUUUGCCACUUCCUCGCGCUUGUGGCGUCCAACCACAACGUCAACCGCAUGACCGCCCUCAACCUUGCCACGGUCUUUGGACCCAGUGUCUUCCAUGUGGCUCCAGGUUUUGAAGCAAUGAAGGACCAAAAUAUCUGCAACAAGAUCAUGGUCAAGCUCAUCCACAACUACAGCAGUAUAUUUGAGACAGACAAAGAGGAGCUGUCCACCGUUAUCUCUGUCAAGGGGACGUACGUGACGGAUGUAGACACGGACAAGUCGCCCAGCCACCUCGAUGCAAAGACACCGGCAACAGUUCCCAGGACAAAAGAAGGAGAAAAAGACCUGGCAGGAAAUGAUGGACUUCCAACUAAUUCUGUAAUGGACAGACCAAGGAGGAAGAAGAUGAGGAAGGUGAGGAGUGAGCGUUCGCCUGAAACUGUCCCACAGCCCAGCUGCUCUGCUCGAUUACCUCAUGUGAGGCCUCGCUCCAUACCAAUAGUUGUGCCCCUGACUUCUGGACUGCGGAGCCUCAGUCCAGAAGCAAUGGAGACGACUCCCAUAACUCUGACUCGCCAAGAUGCCCCAGACACUGCCUCGCACCGCAGCCCUCUCAAUGUCAGCCCCUCUGGCAGCAUGGAGGCCCUCAGUAGUUCCCAAGAAGAAGAGAGGCCGAUAUCUCCUUUCUUCAUGAGUGACCACCUCUCUCCUGUCUGCUGCACUCCAGAUGUGGUGAAUUUUCUGGACAGGACGAUACGCUCAGCAGUGGAGCAGCACCUGUUUAAUAUUAACCCUUUAGGGGAUCAAGGUUCGGAGGAGUGUGAGUUGACCCCACGUAGGACAUCUCCAAAGGUGACGCCAACUGCGCGACAGAGACGUCGACACCAGAGAGACCAGCAGCAGCAGCAGCAGGAGGAGGAGGAGAAGGAGGAGCAGGAGGAGGAGGAGGAGUAUCUGAGACAUCGAGAAAGAGACAGGGCUGUGUCCGUCAGGUCGGACACCAACAAGGAGAACAUCCCAUCCAGCAGUGGAAGACAUUCUGGAAGCGUGGGGGAGAACACGGUCGGCAGCAGCGCGGACUCACGCGGAGGUCACACGGGUCAAACCCCCAAACCCAGGAAGCCAAAACAGAACCCUACACUGGUGCAGCUCACUGACAACAAGGAUGUUCACACUGUAAGAGAGUGUGUGGACAGACGACCUGGAGCAAAACACAUGGAUACAUUUCAGAAAGGGAAUGACAUUUCAAGAAGAGGGGACCGCCGUUCUCCUCCACAGACGCUAAGGAUGAAGAUCCAGGACUCGCCUGUCACUUGUGACACGGGGAGGGUCAGUGGAGGUGUAGGUGGUGGAGGAGGAGGAGGAGGAGGAGAGGCUCGAGACUCGGACUGCGAGAGGUCGAGCUGUGAGGAUGUUCCUCGCCUGGACCUGACGACACUGACCGAGGAGACUGACAACUGGGGAGAUUCUUCAUACUAUAACACCCCUUUCCUUGACUUUAAAUCCAUUUUCCAUUCGAGUUGUUGUGAUGAACCUGUUCCAGCGUACUCAUCGCUGCAGAGGGAGAGCAUGGACCGCGAGGAAGCUCGUCUGUCUCCUCACGCCGGCGGACGACUGAUCAGCCAGCUGCUGGAGGAAGACAGCGACCCGAUGGUGUCGCCUCGCUUCUACGCCUAUGGACACAGCCAGCAGUACCUGGACGACACUGAAGUGCCUCCCUCGCCUCCAAACGCGCAUUCUUUCAUCAGUCGCAGGCGAAGUUCAUCGCUCGGCUCGUGCGACGACGAGAAAGAGGAGCUGACGACGGCUCAGCUCACGAAGAGGAUUCACGUCCUGAAGAAAAAGAUCCACAGAUUUGAAGAGCGGUUUGAAGAGGAGCGAAAAUACAGGCCCUCCCACUGUGAUAAAGUUGCAAACCCGGAAGUGCUGCGGUGGGUGAAUGAACUGGCCAGAUUUCGUAAGGAGCUCAAAGAACACAAGCUGAUGAAGUCUGAGGAGGAUCUGCCGCCUCUGACCCGUCAGCGCAGCAACACGCUGCCCAAAAGCUUCGGCUCUCAGCUGGAGAAGAAGCCUCAGCAGGAGAAGGUGCCCAAGCCGCCGGUGGAGUCCACGCUGGAGGCCAUUCUGAAGAAGCUGCAGGAGAAGAGGGAGGAGGUGAACCGACCCGAGGACAUCAAGGAUAUGACACGGGAGCAGAUCGGAGCAGAGAAGGUGGCGCUACAGAAGGCGCUCCUCUACUAUGAGAGCAUACACGGCCGACCUGUCACCAAGAGCGAGAGGCAAAUCAUGAAACCACUUUAUGACAGAUAUCGCCUGGUCAAGCAGAUCCUGUGCAGAGCCUCCACCAUCCCUGUCAUUGGUUCUCCCUCCAGCAAGCGCAGAGGGCCCCUCCUUCCGCCCAUUAUCGAGGGCGAAACCUCGCUCUUCUUCGACGAUAUCAAGGAAGAGGAGGACGGCUCCGAGGACGACGGAGACUCAAAGACCCAGUUCACCGUGACCGUCCGGCCUGACCUCAGCAUGCUCAGCUUCCUGGACCACUUGGACGAGGAGGUGGACGGUUUCAUUUCCCCCGUGGAUGACCUCUCUCCGUCCAAACACGCCAUCGACAUGAGGCUGUCCAACCUCCACUCUGCAACCAUAGAGGAACUUGUGGAGCAGCUCCAGGAAGCCAGAGAGGAGAAGAAGAGAAUCCGCAAAAACCUGAAGGAGUUUGAGGACCAGUUCUUCAGACAAAACGGAAGAAAUGUGCAGAAGGAGGACCGCUCCCCUUUGGCAGGAGAGUACACCGAAUACAAGCACAUUAAAGCCAAGCUGCGGCUGCUGGAAGUCCUCAUCAGCAAAAGAGACUCGACCAAGUUCAUCUGAGGGAACCAAUGACAGGACUGUUGCUUAGUUUUCUGGAGGUACAGUCAGUCACAUCUCAACCUGCAGGAGGAGAGAGCCGACACUGACUCUGCCUCAGGUCGUCAGCUGUGCUGCUCAUGACUGUAGCUGGAGAAGCAGCAGCAGCAGCAGCAGCAGCAGCAGCAGCAGCAGCAGCUGGGUUUUCCCCCUGGACGCCCGCAGAGAGACAACAAACCACGCCUGAUUAUAGCCACUCAAACGUCUCCGGCAUCACUUGACAGGUUUUCUUUAGACGUUCACAAGAGGACAUAAGAUGUCUCUUCCUGACUGAAGCAUGGAGCGCACAAAUAACCUGAAUCACACUUAUACUGCUAAUAAUUUAUUUUAUUCUCUUGAAUGCGUUCAUGAGAACUGAAGUUAUUUUUUUUUUUCCGCGUUACGCUUUAAUGUAGAAAGUCUUUAAAAAAAUAUAUAUAUAACUUGUAAGUAAAAUAAUGGAUGAAUGAAAUCACUGCUAUUUUUUAAAGAAGGAUUCUGUGAUCAAAAUGUUGAGUGUUUUUUUGUAAGGGAGAUGUUACUAUUUGUAGAACUUUCAAUCAGCUGGACAGUGUUGACUAAAACGAUUGCUUUCACUGUUCGAGUCCUGACUUGGUCAGCUCGUUAAAAAGAAGUGGUUUUCUAAUUCUAAUAGAAUCAAAAGACACAAACUGAACCAAACCUGCUCGAAUGUUCAUUUGAUUGGAUAAAACGACGGCCCGUGUAUUUCCCCCUGUACCUGACUCGGCACACGACUGUAUAUUUUAUGCAUUUAAUGUCCUUUUCCUGCCCUUUAACUUUGACUUUAAGUCAAAUGGGCAAUUAAAUGUCUUUGGGAAUCACUGGCGUGUUUGCGUUGACACUCCGGCUUCGGCUCUGUGUUUCCUUCUCGUCCGUCCUCCGAUCAGUUUGUUCUUUUGUAAAUAUGGAUCAAUGUGUAUGUUUACAUUUCUGUGAGCGAGUACUUUUUCCUGUCUUUCUCCAAAAUGGAUGAUUAUCAGUGUGAAUUUUGUUUUUACUGAAUUUAAACACUGUCAAGGCUUAAUGAGUUUUGAGUGUGUACAUUUUAGUACAUAAAUUGUAUUUGUAUUUUGUAUCAUGAAUGAAAUCAUAUUUUUACUGAACUUUGGACUGUGUAGUUUUCCUUUUGUGUGAAUACACUGACGGUUCUUUCUGAUUAUGAACCAGUUUGUGGUUAAUAAUCGUAAUAGUCCAGUUUGUAAAUAUGGAAACCCGAGGAGAAGAGGAAGUCAGAAACCUGACACUUUUUACACUUACAGAGGUCAACCACUGCUUUUAAAGGAGACAAUCAGGAAACACAUUUGUACACUGUAUUGUUUAAUUUAAACAAAAACAAAA